CGGAGGCGCUCGCCGGGUGGCGGGCUGGUGCUGCUGAGCGCUGCGCGGGGCCCGUCUGCGCCAUCGGUGCGAGAUGCAUUUAACGCAUCAGCUGGAGCUGUUCCCUGACUGCAGCGUGACUCUCCUCCUCUUUAACCACGUGCAAAAUGCCGCUGCUCUAAGAAAAAAGGCCAUGGAAGGAUCCAUUGAAGGAGCAUUAAUAAACCCUGCCAUGAUUGUAGAUCCUUUUCAAAUUCUUGUGGCAGCCAACAAAGCAGUUCAUCUACACAAGAUAGGUAAAAUGAAGACCAGAACUCUCUAUGCAGAAAUUAUUUUCAGCCUUUCACCAAACAACAAUAUUUCAGAUGCAUUUAAAAGGUUCGGCAUUUCAGACAGUGACACAGCGGUACUCAUGGUUCUGGUUGUGGACAGAGGAAAAACUGUAAAUCUGGAAGAUAUAGCAUCUCAAGUAGAAGGCCAACAGGUUUCUCUGGAUGAACUCCCCCAACUCACAGACACUGCCAAAGUUAAAAAGAUUUACAAAGUUACUCAGCAGGAAGAAAAAAUUGGCACCUUAUUGGAUAGUAUUGUUUGCAGAAUGUCAACGAAAGAUGUUUUAUGAAAAUGUGGAAAAAAAUCUUUUUUAAAGGAAAAGGAGGGCUUUUUAAAAUAUAAAAACAUUUCAUUGGAAUUCAUCCUGCAUUUCAGAGAAAGUGGUGUAGUACUGAGUAGUUUGAUGACAUCUGAGCUUUAACCAUAAAUGAGCAAGCUUGGAUAUGGGGUUAAUCUGAGCUGUGUUCUAAGCACAGAGAACAAUUCUGUUACCAAAAAUCGUAACCAAGAAAACUCUCCAAACCAAAUGAUAGUUUAGAAAGCCAACAUUGGUUUAUUGCAGCGCUGGGUGCAUGGAGGAUUUUUCCUCCUAGCAUGCACACCUAGUUGAAAUCAUGACAAGUAUUUAAACAGUUAACAAAGUUAGUUACGCCUACUGGUCCCACCCCUUAGCUAACUGUUGGUUAGUAUCUUUCUUACUUCAUCUUAAAGAUACAGUUCUCUUUUAAUUUACUAUGCAUGCCCAGAGAGUAGGGGGCUUAUUUGGGUUGGGGGCUUUUGUAUCUGGGAAGUGUGGUUUUUAACAUUAUAAUGAGGUAGGUCAGCCUUAGGACACCCAUUUGGGGCAUUUCACUGACUUUGCUGUUUGGUAUGUAAACAAUACCAAGUCUCAAGUUUGUACAUCAGUCAUUAUCAGGAGACCCAGAAGCUCCUCCAAGGUCCUCUAUCUCAUUAUACUGUUCAUCUCAAGGUAAACAACAUCAACAUAACCCAAUACAGCCAGUCACCACAGCCAGCCCGUUUCCAGGAAAACUAAUGCAUAUUUCAGUUUAUGUGAUGCAGUAUCUUCUUAACUUAUCUGUACAAAGUUUGACCAAAGGGGUCUGUUCUUUGUAUGCUAACUAAAUUGUUUAAGUCUUUGGUAUCAAUUCUGCCGUGCAAAGCAGAAUUUGCCUUUGGUAUUUCUGUCCAUUUUGUUAACAAGAAAAGAAAAUAAUUUUUGCCAGUACCUUAAGGUUAUCAUAAACAGAAGGCUUGGAAGUCUGUACUUAGUUCUCUCUUUCAUCAAAUGUUUUGCUAGUCCCAGAUAGGAUUCAAACGUAAAGAAUUUUUAUUAACCCUACCCUGUUUUGUUUUUGUUUUGGCACCCCUGACAUGAUAUCCUUCUAAUGAUACUACUGCCAGAAAACGUGCCUCUGUGGCAUGACGUAUUGCUGAUGGACUAGAAAAAGCAAAGUUUCCAUCAACUGUCGGCAGCACCUCCCUCAUUCUGCUAAUGG